AUGGCGACGCUCCUGCGCGGCCUGUUCCCGCGGCGCGUGCGGGUGGCCUCCGUGCGCGUGCGCCACAAGGUGCUGAGCGUCCGCGCGCAGCUCUUCGGCGCGUGGCGGCCGCGCGGCGACGACGCGCCGCAGGCCGCGAUGCCGAAGCUCAACGUCUGCCUGCUCGUGACGGGCACGCACGGCGACGUCGCGCCCUUCGUCGCCUUCGGGCUCGAGCUCGUGGAGCGCCACGGCCACCGCGUGCGCCUCGCGACGCACGCGUGCUACCGGUCCAAGGUCGUCGACGCGGGCCUCGAGUUCUACCCCCUCGCGGGCGACCCGCGCAUCCUGAGCCAGUGGAUGGUCCAGAGCCAGGGGCGGCUCCUGCCCCGGGCCAAUUUGGACGACUUGAAGGAGAUCCCCGUGAAGAAGGCCAUGAUCAACGCGAUCAUGACGAGCUGCCUCGACGCGUGCACGCGCGUCGACCUGGAGGACGACCGCGCGAUCCACGCGCCCCGUUUUGUUGCGCAUGCAAUUGUAGCGAACCCCGUCGCCUACGGCCACUUCCACGUCGCCGAGGCGCUCAAGGUGCCCCUGCUCAUGGCGUUCCCGCAGCCGUGGACGCCGACGGCGUCGUUCCCGCACCCGCUCGCGUCGCUGCCGAACAACGAGCCGACGACGCUCCAGCAGAAGCAGGUCAACGCGCUGAGCUUCCGCGCCGUGGAGACGCUCCAGUGGCAGGGCCUCGACGCGAACGAGUGGCGCCAGAAGAAGCUGGGGCUGCGACGCCUCGACGUCGCGGACCGCGGCGCGUCGCUCCUCGACGACUUCGACGUGCCCUUCGUCUACACGUGGUCGCCGGCGCUCUGCCCGAAGCCCAAGGAGUGGGGGGACAACUGCGACAUCGUCGGCGCGCUCACGCUCAAGGCCAAGGACGACGGCGGCGCGACGUACGAGCCGGCGAAGUCCGUCGCCGCCUUCCUCGCGGCGGGCGGCGAGCCCGUCUUCGUCGGCUUCGGGAGCAUGGUCAUCGCCGACCCGGGGGCGCUCUACGACCUGAUUUUGGACGCGGCGGAGGCGUCGAAGACGAGAGUCAUAGUCCAGAGCUCGUGGUCGAAGAUCGAGGGCGACCGGACGUCGCCGCUCGUCGCGACGAUCGGGCCCUGCCCGCACAGCUGGCUCAUGCCCCACUGCCGCGCCGUGGUCCACCACGGCGGCGCGGGCACCGUCGCCGCGGGGUUGAGGCGCGGCCUGCCGACGCUCGUCUGCCCGUUCUUCGGCGACCAGCACUUCUGGGGCGAGUGCUGCCGCCGCGCGGGCGUCGGCCCGCCGCCCAUCCCGAUCCAGACGCUGACGGCGGAGGCGCUCGCGGCGGCCUUCGAGACGCUGACGGCGCCCGCGACGGUGGCCGUCGCGGAAGGGGUCGGCGCGGCGAUGCGCGAGGAGGACGGCGUCGCCGCGCUCGCGGACAUCUUCGACCGGCGGCUGCCCGCGGCG